GACUUUUUUAGAAUUUGGAGAUAAGGCUUUUCAUUUCUGUCCAUGGUCCUGAGCUUAUCUCUAUGACAGUGCAAUUCUUUUGGCUUUAAUGAGCAGUGUCGGGAGAGACAGAGACGACGGGUGUUGGAUUGCACCACCUUUUGUCCACUCAGAUACCUUCAUCUGGAUAAUAUUCUCCCAUAAACUAAUUAUAUAUGUUCCUGUAUGGGUCUUUCUUAUGUGUGAUGAUCUAUUGUAUGACAUUCUCGCCUUUCUAAUGCAGGAAUUCUUACUUUCCAGCUCUUUUGUGCCUUGAAUCCUCCUCCCACAGUUGACCAGUCAAUCUCUUUCUACCACCAAUAGCCACUUUUGCAUAGGCCAAGCAUGUAAAUAUUGUUGUGUUUGACUCAAACACAUUAAGAGGAAUUUUAUCUUUCUACUCUUAAAUGGGCCCUGCGGUUGCAGAAAAUCAGUAUUAUUGACGCAGCAAUUGAAUUUAUAUCUACAUAGGGUGAUGCUGUUUUCAACUAAUUCAUCUUGCUGGAUUAAUUUAUCAAGAUGCAUUGUAUUUUUGUAUACAAAAUCCUAAUUUGGCUAGAAGCCAGUAAAUACAGGUGUCAGAUAAGUAUGGAAUACAAUAUUUGCCUCUGAAAUGUUGAGGAAAGUACAUUAAAAUAGAAAUACUCAGGUAGAGUUGUAACUAGUAGCUACCUAAAAGUUGUGAUUAAGUACAUUACAGAGAAGGGGCUGAGCAAUCUGUUACUUCCUUUAUAGUGUGUUCACUCUUAAUUUCAAGAUUUACAAAGAGACACAUUACUGAAUGUUUAUUUAACAGGAAACCAAAGGAACUACAAUCAUCACAUCUGGAUGACGUAUGAAAAUGAGCAUUUAUUAUCCAGACAUCAGACACACAUGUCAAAUGUGUUGGCUGGGGAAUAGACUUAUGAGCAUCAGAGACUCACAAAUAAGAUAUUUAAAUGGAACACUUAGAAAUGUGUUUUUACAUUAGAAGUUAAAUGUAUCUCAUAUACAUAGAAAAACGGCCUGGUGAUAUAUGGUGUAAACCAAAGUUACGAACAUGUGUCAUAAAAAGCAGCAACAGUAAGUUGUAAUAUAAUUUUUUUUUUUUACGACCAAGUUGUAAAACAACACUUUAUUUUGUAAUCGAACACUGCACUGUAAUUUAAAAUAGAAAUAAAUAAAUGAAAAAUUCCAGAAAUUUGAGAUAUGAAACGCUUUAUUGGACGAGGCAGCGGUUAAUUAACAUAAUCUAAUGACAUUUAUUGACUGUUGCUUUACAUGUGUCGAUUUUUUUUGAUAUUAUUGUUUCCAUUGUUUAAAAGGCUUGCUAUGUUUCCAAGUUUUAAAAUAAAAUGUCAACAUCACUCUCGCCAUCACGCACUCCCUCUCUGAAUGGGCGAGGGAGGAUGACGCGCGACUUGUAUACCUGCGAGGGAUGCGUGCGUCUCGCCGGCCGGGCAUGCGGCCUUCGGGGAUGGAUGAUGAGGGAUGCAGGGUGCCAUGGUAACAGGCCGAUUGCAUCCAGACGUUUAUAUGCACCCUUAUUUAUUUAACAGUUCAUUCGCAUGCGCCGCGCGUCUCCGUGGACGUGUCUGCUCUGAGUCAGAGGAGAAGAAGUGGAUACGACCUGGACUUCAUCGGCGCUGAGGAGUCUGCGAUUGAGCAGCCACCGUCAACGCUCAACAAGUUGUUCUAUUUUCCGGGGGGGGGGGCUUUUGGAUUCGUCAGAGCGCAGCGCUUUACCUCGGUGAAGCUUUGUUUCAUUGAAGGGGCAGCGCUUCGUAUCUGCCCUCGGCGCCGCGGCGGAGGAGAGGACACCGCCGAUUCCCUCUGGUCUGGACUCAAUGUCAUUGAAAGUGGGCAGAAGUGGAAAUCCUUGGCAGCGGCGGCUGAUGAGAGAGGAGACGGUUCGGGGCGUCGGACUCUGAACACCUGAGUUCAUCCCGGCGCCAGUUCAAUAGAAAUCGCCCUGACGCCGAUCCAGUGGUGUCACCUCUGGCUGCAGCUGAGCGCCUCACGCGCCUUCCGUCGCGAUCAGUGGGGUUUUCCGCUCGGACUCCGUGAAAACAUGGGCUAGAUUUGAUGGUAAUUCGACUUGUUCUCCGCCGCCUCGUGUUUCCUUUUUAUUUUUCAACGCGUGCGUGUUUCUGGUGGAUGAUAGUGUGCGUGUCAGGAUGAAUCAGUGCGCCUCGGAGGAUGAGCGCCUGUGUGUGUGUGUGUGUGUGGCUGAUGCGCGUCCCUCGUGUGCGUUAACAAGCCGUGUCUCCUGACGGACCAUCAAGUGUCCUUGUCAUUCAUCCGCCGGUGAAUGUUGGCCACUCCACCACCGUAUCGCUCGGAUCACCUCUUCCACUAUGAUACAGGGGAAAUAGCAACACCGGGUGAGCAGCCCGGACACACAGGCAACACAAACAGACCACCAACGGCCAAUGAGCGGCGAGCUCCGUUAUCUACAAAAGACCGGGAAUCCGGUGCCAGUAUGACCGGCGACGGAGCGUCGAGGGCGGCCGUGGAGGGGAGAGGGAGGGCCUCGGGCGGAGAGCAACGUUUCAAGGACGAGGAGGGAGAAACGUUACAGGAGCGUCUGUGAGGACAAACGGAGACUCGCCAAGGGAAGCUGCUGGCGUCACACUGGCAGGGUGAAGGACUUCAUGUCUGGAUGAGGCUUUUUGCAAGGGCACCGGGGUAAGGGUGGCCACAUCUGCGGAGAGGGGGCGGCGGUGUGAGCUGUCUGCUCCAGAAGAAUGACAAGAGACAGAGAGGAGACUUGUCUUUAGCCUCUGCAGUUUAUCAUUCACGUUGACACUGACACUCUCACCUAUCUAAUCUAGCCAGCUGGACUAUACUAAACUGUUUUUUUCCCCAGAGGGAUCAGGAGCUUAAGGUUAUAUUCACCCUCCUCCUUGAGUUGGGAUGGAUGGGGUGGCUGGAGGUGUGGGUGGCCCCGGUAGCGCCCCGGGGUCAGGAGGUGAUAGCCUGCCCAGACGUAACGGAGGGGACUCGAAGCGCCGCAGUAAAGGCAGCCUGCCCUCCCCGGGCUACAGGCUGUCACAGGCCUCUCUGGAGGGGGAGAGGGGCUCCUUUGGGGGGGACAGCACUUCCUCAGGUGGACGCGGCCGUCGUCUCUCCAUCAUGAGCUCCUCCACCAGGGACGGCCUUCCCUUCCGCACAGCGGGCACACCAACCACCCCUGGGGCCCUGCUGCCGCCACCACCACCACCCUCCUCCUCCUCUGCCACAGCCCACCCUCCACCACGCUCGGUGGGCUUUGCCCCCUCCCGCGCCGCCCUGUCAUCCACCUCCUCCACCGGGACAGGAGUCAUGGUGGUAGCCACUGGCCCAGAGACCACCACCACCACGGCCUGCAACACCACUGUGGCGGGGACCCCGGAGAUGAUGGGUCAUACUGGACUGGGUCUGUUUGGCAUGGGGCUGGACGGAGAGGACUACAGCAACUCCAACCAGAGCACCUUCAUCCAGAGACAGUUUGGAGCCAUGCUCCAGCCUGGGGUCAACAAGUUCAGCCUGCGCAUGUUUGGAUCCCACAAAGCUGUGGCACUGGAGCAGGCUAGACUGAAAUCAGCAGGGUCAUGGAUUAUACACCCCUACAGUGACUUCCGAUUCUAUUGGGACCUGUUGAUGCUAGUGUUGAUGAUGGGGAACUUAAUCGUCCUGCCAGUGGGCAUCACGUUCUUUAGAGACGAGAACACGCCCUCGUGGAUCAUCUUCAACGUGGUCUCCGACACUCUCUUCAUGGUCGACUUGGUUCUCAACUUUAGGACGGGCAUCAUCAAGGAAGACAACACUGAGAUAUUGCUGGACCCCAGGGCCAUCCGCCAGAACUACCUGAAGAACUGGUUCCUCGUAGACUUUGUGUCAUCUAUCCCGGUGGACUACAUCUUCCUGAUGGUAGACAGUCUGGACUCUGAGGUCUACAGGACAGCAAGGGCGUUGCGCAUCGUCCGCUUCACCAAAAUCCUGAGCCUGCUUCGGCUGCUGCGCCUGUCCAGACUCAUCCGCUACAUCCACCAGUGGGAGGAGAUCUUCCAUAUGACCUAUGACCUUGCCAGUGCCAUGGUAAGGAUUGUGAACCUGAUCGGUAUGAUGCUGCUGCUCUGCCACUGGGACGGCUGUCUCCAGUUCCUUGUCCCCAUGCUGCAGGACUUCCCUCCUGACUGCUGGGUUUCCAAGAACCUGAUGGUGAAUGACACAUGGGGCGUGCAGUACUCCUAUGCUCUAUUCAAAGCCAUGAGCCACAUGUUGUGUAUUGGGUACGGCGCACAGGCUCCAGAGGGGAUGACUGAUGUGUGGCUCACCAUGCUCAGUAUGAUCGUAGGCGCCACCUGCUAUGCCAUGUUCAUCGGACACGCCACCGCCCUAAUCCAGUCGCUGGACUCCUCACGACGACAGUAUCAGGAAAAGUACAAGCAGGUGGAGCAGUAUAUGUCAUUCCAUAAGCUUCCUGCUGAUGUUCGGCAAAAGAUCCACGAGUACUAUGAGCACCGCUUCCAGGGGAAAAUGUUUGAUGAGGAGAACAUCCUGGGAGAACUCAGUGAGCCACUUAAAGAGGAGAUUGUCAGCUUUAACUGCCGUAGCCUGGUGGCUAACAUGCCACUGUUUGCCAAUGCUGAUCCCAACUUUGUGACCGCGGUGUUGACCAAGCUCCGCUUUGAAGUGUUUCAACCGUCUGAUUUCAUCAUCCGCGAGGGAACACUUGGACGGAAGAUGUACUUCAUCCAACAUGGCCGAGUCGGUGUGCUGACCCGUGGUAACAAGGAAACCAAGCUGAGCGACGGGUCUUACUUUGGAGAGAUCUGUUUGUUGACUCGUGGACGGAGGACAGCCAGUGUCCGGGCAGAUACCUACUGUCGUCUGUAUUCUCUCAGUGUGGACAGCUUUAACGAGGUGCUGGAGGAACAUCCGAUGAUGCGACGUGCCUUCGAAACUGUCGCUGUUGACCGUCUGGACCGCAUUGGCCGGAAAAACUCCAUGCUCCUGCGGAAGUCCUCCCAGGGUGGUUCACUAGGGGGCAGCAUGGGUCGCGGUGGAGGCCGGGGUGGAGGAGGUCCAGGAUCAGGGGGAGGCCUUGCAGCUGGCAGUCUGGGUUCCUGUGAUAGCAUGUUGGUACAGCAGAUUGUCAAACACGACAGCAUGCCGGCCAUGCAGGAUGCCAUUGCUGCAGCCUCUGCAGGAAGAAGCGGCAUCAUGGGAGGAAGUGGCACAGUGUCUCCUCGGCCACGCCCGGUCAUCUGGGCGCCACUGGUCCAUGCUCCCCUGCAGACUGCAGCUGCCACCAGUAAUGUAGCCAUCGCCCUCAUGCACCAGCAGCAGCAACAGCAGCAGCAGCUUCAGCAGAUGCAGCAGCAGCAUGCACUAGGAGGUGCUUUCUUCCUGCCUUCCCCUCUUGUCUCCCCCUCUCCCUCCUCUUCUUUCCCUCUGUCACCCCCUCGUGCUCCUGUGUUGCAGCCCCUUCGCCCCUCUGUGAGCUCCCUCAUCGGGAUGAUGACGAUAGGAGGAAUGGGUGGUCUGUCCCCAAGAGGAGGAUUUCCUGCCUCCCCCUCAUCCAUGGGCCCUCCUGGUGGGGUGACAUCACCGCCUAUUGCUAAAACACCACCCGCUCCAGCUUCUUCUGUCCCAACCUCUGUCCAACAAGGAAGGACUGUUCAUUACAGCCUCCGUCUCCAGACUGAUCACCCUUCAAUGAUAACUGGAUCACUUGGCACUCCAACAGGAGGAGGACCACCAACUCCAGCCCUCCACAAGGCACCGACCACAAACCCAGCAGCUGCUCCUGGUGCCCCAGCAGAUGGCAGCACUUGUGUUACAGGUCAACAGGGAGCAAAAGAAGCUCUGUUACGUCAUGGAGGAAAUAGCUCUCAGUGUCUGCCAGCGCUGGGCAGGCUCACCCAGGAAGCCAGGCUGCUGUCCGCCUCGCAGCCCACUCUGCCUCACCGUUCGUGGGCUGGAGUGCAGCCACACCCGCCUCUCCACCGGAAGGCCUCUGGUGGCAAUUUGUUGGCAGCUCCUUUCCUGGCAGGACAGUUAGCCAGGGGAAGCAGUGCAGGCAUGCUGACCUUUAAUGCUCCAGUGCAGCUGGUAACAAAUAUACAAUUUAAUGCACAAGCACAAGCACAGGCUGCCGUUACCAUUCAGUCCAUCAUACCACAGGCUAUCUCCGCAAACACAGCUGCAUUCACACAAUCUGUACCCACACCCACCGCUGUACACAUGCCAUCUUCCUCCCCUCCGAAGCAAACCCCACUCUCCUCUGCCACCCCUUCACCUGCACCCACCCCUUCAUCUCCCACCCCCAUCCUGUCCAUAACAACUCGCCCGAAACCAGUCCCAAUGACCCCCUCUCGCUCCUCUUCUCCCCCUCCCUGCUCCACUCCACCUUCAGCAGGUACAAGCCCAUUGUCGCUCCCUUCAACUCUUCGUCCCAAACCACUCCAUACGCCUUCCCCCCGCUCUUCCUCUCCCUCUCCCUCCUCUACACCGCCUCCAUCCUCUGUUUACGCCCCAGUUCCAAUACCUCAACCUUAUGGGCCCAAAUCAUCUCUUACCUCCUCUCCUCCUCCCUUCCCCUUGGUAAUUUCUUCGCCACCGCAUCCCCAGAGUCCCAGAGCCAAGGCAUCCAACACACCUCCUUCUGCUUAUCCGUUGUCUUGCCUGAGCCCUGCCCCAACCCCAAUCCCUUCUCCGAUCCCGACUCCCACUCAGACUACCUGUGGCCACACCCCUACCACUUACCAAACUCCUACGCAAACCAUCGCACCUGUCACUCCUACCCAGACCCAGACCCCUACACCUUGCCCAUCUCCAUUCAUUGUUACAUCUGUUCCCUCCCUGGGUAAAUCCCAAAGUCCAACAUCUUGUCUCCAGCCAUCUGUCUCCAGCACAGUCAGGGGCCCCACCCUGAGCCAGAUCCCGAAACAGGAUUUGCCUCUCACCCCAAACCAAACUUCAACUCCUGCCUCAACUCCUGCUAGCACUAGCUAUUCUACUAAAGUAACAUUCUCAGUUCAUCCUGUAAAGCAAACCCCUCCUGUCAUUACUCCAAGCCCCACUUCAGGCUCUGCUCACUCCAUCAAACCAAACACAUCAACAACCUCAUCCUCAACAACUUUACGCCCAAACCCCAGCUCCACUAACCCCUCCUCUCAUACAACCACCUCCUCUACCACCACCUCUCCAAGUGCCCCAUCUACCUUUUCUCAGACCCCAAAACAAAUGCCAACCACCUUAACUGCCCCUACCCACUCCUCAUCACUCAACACACCCCUUACCCCAGCUCAGACCUCUCAGGCAUCUACCACUACAACCACCCAGUCAGCACAAGCAGCCGCCAACCACCAACACCACCACUUCCCCUAAAGGUGGAAAAAAGGAUUCUCAAUUGGAACUCACUAGAAAAGACUCAAAAGGACAAAGACACAAACUGCCUGCCAACAUGUUAGAAAGAAGAGGAGAAAAAUCUCAAAGGAUGCUGAACUUUGUGUUGUGGCCAGUAAAACCAUGGAGUUAGUUCAAUGAUGACUUCCAGUGAUCUCAUGUGGACAGGUACAUCUUCACUCUAGGAUGUGAUUGUCUUAGGACAUCAGGUGUUCAUGUGACGCUCAACCAAGCCAUUGAGCAUGGAAAAAGACUUGCUUGUGUUGCCAGGUGCUCGGCUGAGGUACAGUUAAAAAAAAAAUACAUACAAAUGUAUACAUAUAUAUCUGUGUCAGUGAUAUUUGGAGAAAGCAGGGGAGCUGAAGCAAAAGUGCCGCAGAAAACACACUAAAACAGGAUGCAAGCAAUAGCUGAGACUCUAGUAUAUGAAAAAAAUGAAAACAGCAAUAUAUGUGAAACAUUUGAGACUCCAAUAAUACAUGAGAGAAAAUAAAAAGCUUUCUGUGGUGAGGAAGAAUGUGUACUGUGAUCUCAAAAUGCAGGCAAUAGAGCAGACAUUUCCUGAUUUCCAGCUCCACCUCCUUCUUGCCUCCCAUUCUUCACCAAAUUGUAAUAUUUUCUCAUCAGAAUAAUGAUAAUUAUAAGGAUAUUGCAUUUAAAAAAAUCACUGUAAUGUCGACGCUCAUAAUAUUUUGAAUAAUUAGGAGCAGUCCACUGGUAGUUUUGUUGUCCCAGGUGUGUGGUGUUUAGUUUUUGAAGAAGACAAAACUUUUAACCCUACAUGUUCACUCUGACGACUUCUGUAAAUUGUGUUUUUUUCGUGUAACACACAAUACUGCUCUGCUGUGCACUGUGGGUCAGUUGAUUUUUGUUCCACCAGGCUCCCUGUACUGUAAAUACGUGCCUCUCUGUGGGUCUGUUGGAUACUUCCUCACUCCUCUGCAUCUUUGUCUUUCAUCUCUCAUCUGUUCCGCCGCCUUUCAUUGAUUUCACGGCUCUGGUCGCUAACUGUUUCUUUUGACAGACUCUCUCCCUUUCUCUAGGAUUGCCCGAAACUUUGCUCUCUGCUGCCAUCAGCCUCAUGUUCAGUUGGCAGUUUCCUCCUUCCCUCGCCUCAAUUGACAGUUUCAGCACCAUUUCCAGUGAUGUUUGAUGUUUUGUGUGAGUAGCAACAAGGCAUUUCUGUCUUAAUCCCUGAUACCAUGUUGCCUAGAAUAUAUUUAAGGACCAAAUGUUUUAUUUUUUAUUUAUCACAGCUUUAGCUUUUGAAAGGGAAAAAAGUGGCUAAUAAUGCUGUUUAAAAAUGAUGAUCUUGAGUGUGGCAUUGGAGGUGAUGAUUGUGAUGAUGAUGAUGUUUCUAACCACCAGGAUGGUGAUGCUGAUGAAGAUGGUGUAUAUCUGGAUGUAAGAAUAAAGUGGAUUUAGAUAUCA